AUGUCGUUGUGUGUGUUUCAGCGUGGGUGCGAUGUGAACGCUCAGUCCUACAGUGGGAACACAGCAUUACACAGCGCCUGUGGCAGGGGUCACAUCGAGCUGGUGAGGGUCUUGCUGAAGAACGGAGCUGACAGCAGUCUGAAAAACAACCACAACGACACUGCCAUCAUGGUAGCAAAAAACAAAAAGGUGUCUGAUGUGCUGCGUGGAAAAGGCACUCGCAGCUUCACUGGGAAAACAAUAUCUAGCAGCAGUGGCUCUCUGUCCCCUGGCAGCUCCAGCCACUCUCCCCGAAUGACUCCCACGUUUCAGCGCAGCGCGUCACACUCUCCUGUGACUCCAGUUUUACCCCGCAGUCAGUCAGUGGAGAGCAUUUCAGAACGCCAUUCGCCAUUGAACAGCAAUGAUAAAGCACUUUUCCAAAUGCAGACACUCCACAGUUCACCAGUGGACAAACAGGGCAGGCUACGGAUUCCAUAA